UCUCUCUCUUCUCUCACCCUCUCAAAGUGAAACUCCAUCUCUGCAUCUGCAUUUGACAACGCCCAUUGAUUUCAUCAACGUCAAUAGAUUAAUCCCUUCUCUUCUUCCCCACACCACACACGGGCAGGGCUGCUAGCAUGGAGAUAGAUGUUACGCCUACGCUACUAGUAUAAGAACCCCAGCUCCCCCUUGGGGCCGAGGCAGAGCAGAGCAGGACCUAGACUAGAGAGAACAUCUUUAGUGCUGUACUAUUUUGUGAGGAGGAGAGAGAAUGAUGGAGGUGGCGGUGGAGAGCCCGCAGCCGGCGGCGUGGGACCACUUCAAGGAGAAGGUGGAGAUCAUGGAGGAGGAGAACGGUGGUGCUUCCGCAGCCGCAGCCGCCGCCGCCGCUGCUGCAGGGGAGCUGCUGACCAGGGAGAUCAAGAAGAGGUUGCUGAACCACGCCCAUGAGAAUGGGAAUGGCCAUGGCCAUGUCAAUGGAGGAGGACCAGAGGAGCUCAAGGUUGUUUCCGAGGAGGAGGACAAGGUGGAGGAGGCUCCUGAAGAGCCCAAGGUUGCUGAAGAGGAGCAGAAGUCGCACCUGCAGCAGACUAUCCUCUUCGAUGCAGCCAAAGGGUUAUGGAAGUGCCGGCACUGCGAUUGGACGUACCGCCUGACUAGUCCGUGCGAAAAUGGUACCAUAGAUCAUCGAGGCUACCCCCACCAAAUCGAGCAGAAUCUCGAAUCGUUGGUUGAGAAAAUGGAUCGUUUUACGGUUCACCGAACAAAGCCUCCUCAAGCAGAGGAGGAGAAGGAGGAGGAGGCUCCUGAAGAACAGCAGCUGCGGCACAAGAGUAUCUUCUUCGAUGCAGCCAAAGGACUAUGGAAGUGCCGGCACUGCGAUUGGACGUACCGCCUGAGUAGUCCGUGUGGAAAUGGCACCGUAGAUCAUCGAGGCUUAUUAAAACCAGAGCAUUUGGCAGUUGAAUCAUAUUCGGAGGACCAAGCUGCUGAAGAUCCAGUGAUGAUGCCACUGCAGUCCGAGAUGCAGAACUCCAACGAUACAACCACUAAAAUUGAAUCUCGCACAUAUGCUCAUCAUAGUCAUGGCACAGUUGUAAAACCAGUGCAUUCGAUAACCGAAUCAUCGUUGGAAGAUCAGAACACGACAACCACCACAACUACAACCACAUCGGCAACAGCUACCACAUCCUCUACAACCACAUCAGCAGAAGUGACAACUCACUCAUCGUCUUCUACAGGAAUCUUUGACGCAGAAGUAAUUGAAUGGAUGACAGAUGACAUGCCUCCCCUGAAGCCUGCCGAUGGAGUUAUCAUGGAUGCAACUCACCACCUACAUGGACAUGAAGAUGUUCACGGAACUACGACGACAACCUUCGAGAAUGGCUCAUUUACCACUCAUGUAAGUCACACAACAGAACUCAAGGUCGAUUGCCCGAAUGUGACCACUAUCGCGAGGGGCGAUUUACCAACCUCGCCAAUUCCUCAAGCAGAAGAUCGACCUUAUGUAGCAGUGUCAGUCCCUGAAGAUGUGAAUCCUGCUGCUCCUAGCCCCCAACAGAGUGAUGACUGGGAUAUACCAAAAGCCAUAGUGUAUGGUGGCUUAGUGGAGUCAGUCACCAGCCUCUCCGUUGUUUCAGCAGCAGCAUCAAGUGGAGCAAAAACAUUGGACAUAUUCAUCUUGGGCAUAGCCAACCUUAUGGGAGGGCUUCCUCUCAUUUUCCACAAUAUUGCCGAUCUAAGAGACAUUCGAGAUGUGAAUGAGGACAACGAGCGCGUCGGCCACUACUGGUUGCAGCUCGGAAGGCGGUCGAAAGCCCGACUCCACAUGAUCCUGGCCCUUCUCUCAUACAUCGUAUUCGGGCUACUUCCACCAAUCCUCUAUGGUCUGUCAUUCCGUGAGAGCAAUGACAGGGAGAACAAGAUGAUGGCCGUCGCCGGUGCUUCACUCGUCUGCAUCGCUCUACUAGCACUUGGAAAGGCGCAUGUCAAGGCAGCACCCAGGACAUACUUCAAGACCCUAAUGUACUACCUGACGGUCGCUGUGAGCUCAUCGGGGCUGUCCUGCGUCGUCGGCGUGCUGAUCACGCGGCUCCUGGUGCACUUUGAAAUUAUCGAGCAAGGUGGGUCGGCUGCUCCUCCUUCUCCGGGCCUGUCGUUCCCUCAUUCAGUGGGUGCACAAACAUCUGCCUGGGCCUCAUUCUGAAUUCUGAACUCGGAAGUUAUUGGGAAACAGUGCUGAAAAAGAGAAGACAUGUAUGAGUGGCAUUGGUGUUUGAUCCUGACAUAUUGAUAGCAGCACUGAACUGGCAACCAGGCAACUGAGAAAGACCAAUUGAAAUGAACACAGGCCACUGAGUUGACCCACCACACCGAGCAAAGCAAACACCCAUGAAAUUAUAUAGAUAAGAAGCAUACAUAAGACACACAUAGAUCCAGAAAGAGUUUCGAAUUAAAACCUGUAAAAAGAUGCAAUCUUCAGUUUUUACAGAGUCCAGUAGUGCCGGUAGAAAUUUAGCUGAUGGUACCAAGCAGUUAUUAAGCUGCAGGGCACACUGAUAAAUGUCCAGCCCGUAGUUCUGCGUAAAACUUGAGCGGUAAUUCCGAUGUGUCUUACCAACUUGGAACUAGAUCAACCAUGUGUUGUUAGUACCCGGUGGUUCCACAACAGUGCUUUUGUGUGUGUAAAAGAACAUAGAUUGCCAAUAAAAAUCAUUUGAUUUUCGGUAUAUCCGAUGUGACAUGCAAGGGGGCAUACAGUCCCAAUCCUUUUCGGUAGUACACGUCCAUUAUUACGAAAAUAGCGAUAAGUUAUGUGCCUUUAUCCUUAUUUUGUUUCUUGAUGUUGUGUAUUGAAACAUUGGUUCCAUGAAUGUAAUCAGGAAAUCAACCUGUUCUUAAGAAGAAGAUUUUUUUUA